AUGACUCAGAUAUCUGGGCAAUCGAAGGAUGUACCCUUUGCAGAAGGCCUAGGUAUUUUUGUCCCCGUUGAUCCGAUUUCCGAAGAGAUGCUCGCUCGUGCUAGGAAAAAGGCAGAAAAGCAGAUGCGUGAAGAAUAUGAGGCAGAAUUGAAAGAACGCAAAUUGAAAGAGGCUAGGUACAAUCCGACAACAAGCAAGGUUAAUUACGAAAAAGGUGUCCUGGUUAUGAGCGAGUAUCGAGACUUUGGCGCGAUGUUUCUGUUGGAUCGAGCUAUAUCUUAUCAUCGAAAUGCUGUCGACACCACUUCUGAAUCCGACACAAAUUACAUCAAAUGCUUGAGAGAACUCGCGAAAGCUCUCGAGAGCCGAUAUUCGGCGACCGAAGACCCAGAGGAUAUCAAGGAAGCUAUACAAUUAUCAACAACAUUGCUGAGAUUUCUUGAAGACGAUUGGCUUGGAAAGAAAUACUCCGUACAUCUCUCACCUGCAAGACGGCCGAAACAAGGACUUUCAAAGUGGGACAGCCUUCUAGAGUUCGUGAGACAAAUGAAGGAUACAUCAUGCCUGCUCUACCAGAGAUAUCGAACAGAAAAUUACCUGGCAGAUCUCAGAAGUGCGGCUGAAUUACUCGGCUACGCGUGGCGUGUAGUUCGAGAUGGCAAAGGAGAUGUGGCGUUGCGCUGGGCAUUCAGCAUAUUCACAUGUCUUGCACGUAUUCGCAAAGAAGAAUUUCACAGAUCAGGUCAGAAGAAAUUUCUACAAGAGUCUUUCGAGCUGAUUAAACGUGCGCAUGCCCUUGAAAGGAGAUGGUCGCGUAAUUUCGAUCAUCUUCUGGUCAUGUCCGAAAUGUACUAUGAAGAUUUCAGGAGAACAGGCUCCUGCCGCCCGCUGGAUCACGCCAUCGAGUUUGGUGUUAGAGCUUCAGAGAUAUUGCUCGAUUCAAGAGAAAAUUGGUGCAAGGCCAAUCUCCUGUCGCAUCUGGGAUCUCUCUUCCUAAGACGAUCAUACCAGACGCGGUUGUACUCAGACACUAGUCAAGGCAUCAGGUACAUACAACUAGCCCUUGAAAUGACGAUGGAGAGGUCUAGGGGUAGGGCAGUACAUCUCUGGAAGCUUGGCGAUGCCUUUAAAGCCCGAUUCAAGAUGUUCCAGAAUGAAGAUGAUCUAGCAAAAUCGACGCAAGCUUUCCAAUCAGCCUUAACAUGUCACGAUCUCAAUGCUUAUUUCCGCUUUCUGGUUCGUCAUACAGCAGUUGAUAACUUGGCCAGAGAGGGAUCAUGGUCACAAGCGAUGGAAAUGCUGGUUCGGAUGAAAGAAGAAUUACCAGAGGCCUUUCCGGUUGUUCUCCAACUUGAAGAUCUUCAAAACCGCCUUCGUAAAGUGUCAGGAUUGGCUUCGUUAUCGGCAUCAAUCUCAAUACAGGCACGAAGACCACUCUUCACAGCGCUUGAAACGUUAGAAGUUUUCAGUGGAGUUGUGACCAGCAGAAUGUCGGCUACAAAAUAUCAGGAUGACGAUCUUCGAAAACAUCACUCUUACCUAGCAAGAGAUUAUGAAACCGCUCAGCAGAAUAUCGAGGGCUUUCAGUUCCCAGGUUUCGAGAACCAUGAACGGCUCGAUAUUGCUUCAAUAGAAAGGCGCAGCAGUAUUGAUCUCCGACGAUUAGAAGAAGCCCUCCAGCAAGCAAUCAAAGCGAUAAGGCAGCAGCCUAGCUUCGAGUGCUUCUUGCAACCACUUUCUAGGGAUGAGAUAUGUGUUCUGUUCAGGGAAGGCCCCGCCGUAUGUCUAAACAUCAGCCGCGUGGGUAGCGAAGCUUUUCUCAUCAGUGAGAAUACAAUCGCUGCGAUCCCACUACCAGGGUUACGAAGACCGGAUGUUGAGAGAAAUGUGAAGAUUUUGGCCUUCAAUAGUAACAGGCGCCGCAGAGAUGCUUCUCUAUGCCUGGAUGAAGAGGAUGGCGAUGACGGCGACAAGAUCAAGAAUCAUGAUCCUAAGUUGCAUUUGGCGCUGCUGAACCUCUGGAAUCACGCAGUGCAGCCAGUCUUGCAAGCACUAGGACUCCUAAGGCACGACCCCAAGCCCAAACCAUUACCUCGCGGAAGGUGGGUUGUCAGUGGCAUUUCAUCAUUGCUGCCGCUCCACGCUGCAGGAUCACACAUUCCCGGGUCAACUGAUAACACUAUCAGUCAUGUUGUCUCUUCGUAUUCUCCAAGUCUUAUGGCGCUAGACUCGCUUUGUCGAAAACCUCAAUUUGCGAUACAAGAUGAGAAAGCAAAUGUUGUUGUGGUGUCCAUGCCAACAAGCCCUCGACAUACGCCUUUGGCUGUCGCUCAAGAAGUGGAGACAAUUGUGACACAUACCAUGUCUUGGGCAUCCACUGUUUGCCUUGAGCGGCCAACAAAGAAGCGAGUUUUGUAUGCAUUAACAUCUUGCACAGUUGCUCACUUUGCGUGCCACGGUAUCGUAGAUGAGAACAAUCCAUUGCAAAGCGGGUUGAUCAUCGGACGAGAAGCAGAAGAGAAAUUGAGUGUUGCAGACCUCGAGAGUGUAACGUAUCUGUAG